CUGCGAUAAUAAAAGCGUUUCAUUUGUCGCAAAAUCAUCGAUUAGUUUUCAGCAACAAUGUGUCAAAUGUCAUAUCAGUCAGAUAGAGUGCGCUGUGUUACACGCAUGCAGUAACAUUUAUCUGGAUUCGAAUAACAUUCGUCCGGACCGAUUUCAUUGGACAUUCGAGAAAAAGUGUUGAUUGAUGAAAUAAAUUUUAAGUUUAUCCCGUACGAUUCAAAGCAAUGGCAAGCAAUAGUGUUGAGAAUUUAAAGCGUAUCGCAAAAUAUCUGAAAGUGCAACCCGGAACAAUUGCCAUCAAUAAUGAGAAGGUGAUUUGUCGAAAGAUGAAAGACAAAACGUUGUCUGGCUACACAACGAUCAUUUCAGCAAUGGGACGUGAGAGUAAAAAUAAUGGAUUUAAUGGUAAAGACUUGCUGACGCAAUGUUUAAUCGUGCAGUGGUUCGAUUAUUCGGUAUUAUUUAUUGAUCCAGCCGUUGAAUCCAGAGCAUCUAGAGACUUAGUGUUACAGGAACUGAAUGAUUAUCUAUUGACACGGUCCUAUUUGGUUGGUCAAAGCCUCACACUCGCUGAUGUUGUAGUCUUUUAUUCAUUAUCCGCAAUAAUGAGAACGCUCUCUCCUGCCAACAAAGAAAAAUACCUGAAUGUGUCGCGAUGGUUUGAGCACAUACAGAAAAUCGGCGAAAUUCGACAAUCGCUACCGCUCACAAAUUUAUCGACCAUUUAUUUGCACGGAUGGGCAACCGGUACUCACAUGUAAUUCAUCGUACGACAACCUGUCGCCCAACCAAUGACAAACCCAUUACCAAAUGCAUUUUGUUCAUUUCAAACGAACCCAGAUCUUUUACACGCUCUGUAUUGAACUCAGCACAGAUAUUUUUAAUUUUUAUCUCUAAAUUAAAUCAAUAAAUUGAAAAUACGAUUGUUGAAAAUAUAAUA